AUGGAAAGAGAAAAGGAAAGGAUUCCCAGCCAAUCUCAACAAACUUUCCACCGCUCCAAAGAGCCCACCUUUCUUAUCCAUCAGGGUGCCCUGCCUAGUGACUCUCACUUGACCCUUCUGCCAGAAACACAGUGUGAAGAUCUCACCGAAAACAUAAAGACCAACACUCAGAAAAGGAGACCCGGAACAGCGAUACUAUCAAAACACCCAAAUAGAAUUAUGUCAGGGAACCAGCCUAGCCCUCCGGUGAUCCCAUCCCGCAGGCCGGGGUUCCGGAUAUGCUACAUUUGUGGCCGAGAAUUUGGUUCCCAGUCGAUUGCCAUUCAUGAGCCCCAGUGCUUGGAGAAGUGGCGCAUUGAGAACAGCAAGCUGCCCAAGCACCUGAGGAGGCCAGAACCCUUCAAACCACAGCCCAUCGGUGGCAGUGGCUCCUACAGCCUUCAGGUAGCUAACGAGGAGGCAUUUCAGAGUGCGCAGGCUCAACUGCUCCCCUGUGACUGCUGUGGCCGCACAUUCUUGCCAGAUCGUCUCCUGGUUCACCAGAGAAGCUGCAAGCCAAAAGGUGAGAAUUCCAGAACGCUGGGCAUGGGUGGUCCUGAUGCUCCUACUGGUCUCAAGAAAGCUUCCAGUGGCGUUCCAGCCCGACCAAGGACUCUCAUCUGUUACAUUUGUGGCAGGGAAUUUGGCACACUGUCCCUUCCUAUCCAUGAGCCCAAAUGCUUAGAAAAGUGGAAAAUUGAGAACGACCGGCUCCCUAGAGAGCUGCGUCGGCCACUGCCUGAGAAGCCCCAACCUCUUCCAACUGCACAGCCCAGCCAAGAAGGGGCAAAAAUUCCAGAUUCGAACUUAGAAAGGAAAGGCGGCCCAAAUGUACCCACCAGUUCCAAGCAACAAAGGAACAUGGCGGCCCCGAGUGAGGAUAAGGUAACUGACGUCAUAUAA